GGAGAUCAGUUGGCUCGGAUCCUGGCUCGGGCAACCUCUCCCCUUCUUGUACGCUGCCUUCUUCCCUAUCUUCGUCCUCUGCUACUCUCCACUCUCUCUAAAUAAGCUGUAUAUUUUUGGACUGCUGAGGUUUCGAUGGAAAUAUUGAGGGCCGUGUUCCUCUUGUACCCCUGACAUUCGUAACAAAUGGGAAAUUACACUGUUUCACUGCUGCUUUCGUGAUAGCAUAGAUAAUAUACUGCUGUAAAUGGGGGGAGCUUGUUCAAGGAAGCGUGAUCAACAGGCUAACGACGAUAACAUCAACAGAGGAGUAUCUGGGAGAUAUACUAAAAGUGGGAGCUCAAAAUGGCUUGGGGGUUCAUUUUCUAGAGCUCCUAUGGAUGCUAGCCAGGGGAAACAAAGAUGCCCCACGCUUAUGGAUUUGUGCAUAUACAAAAUUAGGGAGGACAUAAAUAAAUAUGGCACUUUCUCCAUGCUGCCAAGGGAUAUAACUCAGCAGAUUUUUGAUGAUUUGGUCUGUUCUCAAUGCCUGACUGAUACUUUACUUGAAGCUUUUCGGGACUGUGCUCUACAGGAUCUUAAUUUGGGGGAGUACCCAGGAGUUGGUGACAGUUGGUUGGAUGUUGUAUCUUCUCAGGGUUCGUCGUUGCUCUCUUUGGAUCUUUCAGCAUCAGACGUUACUGACUCUGGGUUAACUUAUCUCAAAGAUUGCAAGAGUCUUCAGGCCUUGAAUCUCAACUACUGUGAUCAGAUAUCCGACAAGGGUCUUGAACAGGUCAAUGGUCUCUCAAACCUGACUGCACUCAGCUUUAAAAGAAACAGCUCGAUUACCGCCAAAGGAAUAAGUUCUUUGUCUGGCUUAAUCAAGAUGGUAAAGUUGGAUAUGGAGAGAUGUCCCAGGAUCCAUGGAGGACUUGCUCACUUAAAAGCCUUAGAGAGAGAAACAAGAGACAUCCUCUGGAAUGGUCCUGAUGCCGUGAUGUGUAUUCAUACUCACUUUAUCUCGAGCGAUGUGGUGGUCCGUCCCAAAGAGAUAGAAGGACUUGAAAAACUUGAAAUGCUGAAUGUCAACUGCUGCAAUUGCAUCACUGAUGCUGAUAUGAAGGCUAUCUCAGGCCUUACUAGCUUGAAGUCAUUACAAAUUGCAUCCAGUAAGGUUACUGAUAAUGGUGUAGUCUUUCUACGAGACUUGAAGAAUCUCUCUCUCUUGAAUAUGGAAGCUUGCCCUGUCACUGCUGCAUGCUUGGAGUCACUUUCAGUUCUUGGUGCAUUGCAAUAUUUGAAUCUUAGCAGAUGUGAUUUGAAGGACAAUGGAUGUGAAAACUUUUCAAAGAUGCAGUCUCUGAAAGUGUUGAAUUUGGGGUUCAAUGAUAUCUCAGGUGCAAUUUUGGUGCACCUUAAAGGUCUCAUAAAUUUGGAGAGCUUAAACCUUGAUUCUUGCAGGAUUAAAGAUGAAGGGAUUCUUUACCUUUCAGGUUUAACGCGUCUAAAGUAUUUGGAGUUGUCGGAUACUGAAGUUGGGAGCAGCGCGUUACGCCAUCUUUCUGGACUGGUUAAUCUGGAGAAUUUAAAUCUAUCAUUUACUGUUGUCACUGAUGGUGGCUUGAGAAAGUUAUCUGGCUUAUCAUCUCUCAAGUCCCUCAAUCUAGAUGCACGUCAAAUUACGGAUGCUGGCCUUGCUGCUCUUACAAGUCUGACUGGAUUGAUGCACCUGGAUCUUUUUGGAGCACGGAUUACUGAUUCUGGAACCAAUUAUCUCCGAGCAUUCAAGAAGCUACGCUCUCUGGAAAUCUGUGGUGGUGGAUUAACGGAUGCUGGAGUAAAGAACAUUAAAGAUCUUACAUCCUUGACACUGCUGAAUCUAUCUCAGAACAGCCUCUUGACGGACAAGAGUUUGGAAUCAAUCUCUGGACUUACUCAACUUGUUUCCUUGAACAUGUCAAACUCUCGGGUGACGAGUGCUGGUUUGCGUCAUCUGAAGUCACUCAAACACUUGAAGUCGCUUAUGCUGGAGUCGUGCAAGGUGACCGCGAACGACAUCAAGAUGCUUCAGUCGACGGAUCUCCCCCAGCUGGUGAGUUUCAGGCCAGAAUAAAGCGAGCCUGCACGCAUCGUACAUAAUUCGGGUGGGGAAUGUCGUCUGGCAUUUGGCUGAAAUAAAGCCGUAUCAUGAAAAUGAAUUGUACAUAAUUUUGAAGUUUGUUGGUAGUUCUUAAAAUGUGAGCGGCAAUGUGGCAUGUGUUCUGCAGCCCAUCUCCAUAGAUGGAAAUGUAUAUAUAUAAGUAACAACUUCCGUUGGUAUUUCUGUUGACAUUUGUCUUUAUUCAACAGUACUUCUCUGUCCAAUGUACAUAUUUGAAAUUUCAUCUUCUGCUA